UAGCCAUACUACUAAUUAUAAUAAUACCAAUAAUAAUAACUUAUCACCUUCAUCCACCUUUUCUAAUAUGCUUUUUAAUCAGCCGUUUCACUCAAAUACUCUCAAUUCCAUACAAUCUACAAUCAUAGAUAAAUCUUGGGAUUUGAUUAAUAAUUACAAUAACAACUACAAUAACAACUACAACAAUAACAAUGAUGAAUUGGACAGAAGUUUAAAUUUCAAAGCUUUCAAGUUUUCCUCUUUUAAUAUUCGGAGAAAAAAAUCAAAUCUUAAUAUUAAUAACAACAAUAAUAACAACAAUAAUCAGAAAUUAUCUCCCUCACAUUCAAAUUAUAACCAAUAUUAUAAUAACUACAAUGAUAACUUUCUCGGCCCCAAAAAACACCACAUCUUCAACCAUAGUACAAACUCACAGACUAACUUAAACAAUCCAAUGCUAACUCCACAAACCACAAACAACUCUAUAUUUCCUUCCAAAUCUGAUUCCUCGCUCCCUUCAACUCCAAACUUAUCAGAAGAAAAUAACAUCCUAAUAUCUCCUGUCCUAAAUUCAGACUUUUAUUCAAAGAAAAACUUCUACAUUCAAACCUACGAAAGAAUGAAACUAAACUACUUUAACUACUGGAACAUCAACAAAAACGACCCAACCGUCAUCAACGACAACACUCAGAAAAAUAUCAAUAAACAAGUCAUCAUCUUCAAUUUGCUCAAAAAUCAACUAAACUACGUCAUCAACUUGUUCUCUUUUAUAGAAUUGGGUGAACAUUUCAUAUACGAACAAAGGAAAAACCCUUCUUUCACAAAAGAUAUGGUUUAUCCUUACAAUUUCAACAAGUUCUAUAAACACUUUUUCCAGUCCUUUUUCCCCAUCUUGAGUCUAUUUCAGACUGAAAUUAUUGACCCUCUACUAUCAUCUGUCCUCAAAUCUCCCAACAUUGUUGACCAAGAUUAUUUAGCCGUUUUCCAACGUUUUAGCAAAAUCGCCUUGCCCUACUGGCUAGAAUUUCUCAAAAACUAUUCCAUCGUCGAAGUCUUUAUCACAACCAUCAAAAAACUAAACGAGCUAUGCAAAAACGAAAUAUUUCUAAAAAAAUUCAAUUGUUGGAAAAACGAUAUCAUUCUUCAAAAGAAAUUUAUGAAAAAAAAUCAAUUCGACACCAUUUCCACCCAAUAUUUUUCAAUUCUAAUUCAAAAUUUAUCCUUCUUUAAAGAUUUAUCAAAAUUCUACGACAAAAGAAUCGACACAUUCUUCUUUCACACAAAAGAAAUGCUAACUUAUCUCGUCGAUGCUCUAGAUAGAAACGCCGGCAUUUAUAAGGCUUCAAAUGUCAUAAAUAGAAUCAAAUGGUACCCAAACAAUAACCUAAAUAACAAAUAUUGCAACUUGAAUCUAAAUCCAGAAGAAAUCUCUCUACUAAAUGAUUUCCCCAUUUUCUACGAUUCAAAUAACAACACCAUUGCCGAUAAUAAAUUAGUUUCAGGAUUCAAUAUUGAUAAAAUCAUCUAUUUCCACUUAUUCUCAAAUUCUUUAAUUAUAUCAAGAUUUGACGUCAAAACAUUUAGGUUCAUACUAAUUCACGAACCCAUUCCGAUGGAAUUUUUAAAUAUUAAGAAUAUUACAAACAGCUCUAAUCCUCUAAAAAAUGACGUCAACUCAAUCGAUAAUGAUAAUGAUAAAUUAUUGAUUGAUUUUAAUGCUGUAUACAAAAUACUAUUUGAAAAUAGCAUUUUAAAUAUAAGAUUUUACUACAUGGUUAGAAAUUACAUGUCCUUGCUCUUUGUUCCUUUUGAGUCAAACAAAAUAAAAUACAUAAAUUAUAAAAUUCAAAAAGAACCAUUUAGAUUGAAAUUUCUUGGUAUAAACUCAAAAAUUGAUUUUCAUUAUAAAGCACAUAAUACUAGCAAUCAUAGUUUGAAUCAUGGCCAUAAAAUUGAUAGAAUAAACUCAGCAACUAAAUCACAAAAUAAUGAUAAUAAUGAUAUAACAAUAAAGGAUAAAAUUGAACCAAGACACGAAUGCUUAAAUUAUCAAAACCACUCGCUAAAUUUAAUAAAGGAAUCUAUUGACGAAUAUUAUGAAGAAUGUCAUAAUCAAAACAAACUAAAUAAAAAUUACCAAGAAUAUACAUUGGAUAAAGAGAUUGAGGAAAAACUUUAUUAUCAAACUAGCAUUGAUAAAGAUAUCAACCCACACAAUAACCUUGAACAAGAUAGCUCUGAUAGCUUAAACAUUAAUGGGGAGGUUUUAAGUUAUUGCAAAGUUAUUUUGUCUAAUCAAGAAAUCGUUAGAUUUGUGGGAACCUCAGAUGGAUUAUUUUUUAAUAAAAGUAACUAUUUCAGUACCAAUAAAAAUGAAUGGAUACUAUUAGUCAAAUUACAGAACAUUGAACAAAUUGAAUAUAAUGAAAAGUACAAUGUGGUUAUAUUUUUAAGUUUGGGAGAAUUGUAUUUUUUCUCCCUCGAGUUUUUAAUUAUAAGUCAAUUUAUUUCAGAGGAUGAAAAAGAAGAUAUCAUAACGAGAUUUAACGAAGGAAAUUCCAAUUAUUUGAAAAAGAUUUAUAUUAAAUUGAUUAAUAAUAAUAGAAAACAAUUUUUGAUUAAUUUUUUUAGAGCCGUAUUGAUUAAUGGAAAUCUAUACUUUUUUUUAGUUAGUCAAAAUUUCAAAAGCGAAAUUAGUGACAUCAAAAUAUUGAUUCAAUUUAAUGAUGAGAUUCAAUUUUUGCCGAUUGAACUAAAGAGUUUAUAUAACGACCAAGAGUCCAUCAGAGUUAAGGGAAUUAUUACUGAUAUAAAUAGGCUAAAGGGAUUUGAAAUAUUGAUUGUCAAAAGUUUGAUUGUUGUUAAUGAAAAAGACAAUAGGUUGAAGGAAAAAGUUUAUAUUGAUGUUAUGGAUAUCAAUAGUAACAAUACUGGAGAGUCGAAUAAUUUGAAGUUUCCAAUUGAGGACAGUAAUAUUAUUAAUAGUAAAUUGAUCAAGUUAAUCAAUUUCGGUGGGGAUAGAUUUUUGUUGAACUAUGAUAGAAAAAGUUUAAUAUAUGAUAAGUAUGGGAAGGUUGUGAAUGAGAGAAUAUCGUUUAGUAAUAAUAAUAAUAAUAAUAGAAAGAUAUUUAAAAAUUAUGAAAAUUAUUUAAUUGUAUUGUAUAAGGAAAAGAUUCACAAGAGUAAGGAUAAGAAACACCAGAAAAGUUCAAUGAACAAUGAGAAAGAUAUUUUAGAGAUUUAUGAAUUUUUAGAUAAUAGGAUUGGUAAGAAACCGCCAGUUCAAAUAAUUUAUGGAAAAAAUAUACAGCUUAUUGAGGGCAACUCUAGUGUAAUGUUUUUGGUUGAUCAUCCAGAAAAGAAUUGUAGGGUAGCGUUUGAGUUAGAAUAUAGAUCCAAAUAGUGGUGGAUAAAUUGCUGGUAGAAAUCAAGAAGGUUAUAGAACAGAUUCAAAAUUGAAAAGACUCUGGACAAGACUUUGAGCAACUUUUUGUAUUUAAAUAAAAAUAAACAACUAUCAUUGAUUAAUUUUGAGUAGAGUUUGUUUAUUUGAGAAACUGUAAAGCAUAACCAAUUUUAAUGUUGAUCGGGAAGUCAUCAAAAGUAAAU